CAAAUAUGGCGAGUUCUGUGAGGUUAUGUACAUGUCGCUCUUCGUAAUUUGUGCUGUAAUGCUUAAGAAAUAGAGCGUUGAUCAUGAUGUUCCAUAUAACAUAACAAAUAUAAGCAUUGAGUGGUGAUUUCAAGUGAUAAAAAGCCUAUUGGCAGUGCAGUGCAAGCCAGAAAUAAGUCGUAUGUAUUGCGAUGGUUGCGGUACCAGGUUUAGCGCGAAGGAUUUACUAAGGACGUUGCGUGGGAAUUAUUAUGGCAAUGUCGAAUGACGUCAUCGAUUCUUCUCCAGGAAAGUCUUUCAGAGCUGUAAUGGACGAUGAUGCCGACGAAAAAGAUGACGUUAAGAGGAAAUCUCGCAACCUGUCGGAAAAGAAACGCCGCGACCAGUUCAACCUCCUCAUCAACGAACUGUCCAGUAUGGUGGCUUCCAACAACCGUAAGAUGGACAAGUCCACCGUCCUUAAGGCCACCAUUGCAUUUCUCAAGAACCAAAAAGAGAUCUCCGUGCGAACCCAAAGUAACGAGAUUCGUGAGGACUGGAAAGCCCUCCUUUCUGUCCAACGAAGAAUUCACUCACCUUAUGCUUGAGGCGCUGGAUGGCUUCAUCAUGACAGUGUCGUGUUCCGGCCGAGUCUUAUAUACCUCCGAGUCAAUCACUCCCUUAAUCGGUCACCUUCCGGGUGAUCUAUCGGGGACCCCAUUAUACGACUUGAUGUUGGAGGAGGAGAGAGGGGAGAUGAGACGAUUUCUCUCCAACCCUGCUCUAGCGCCCAAUCCUAGUACCUGUUUCGACAAUACAAAAGAAAAAUAUACAAUAGCGGUCCAUCUCAGAAGAGGGACGAUAAACUCAUCGGAUGCCACAAAUUAUGAGCGAGUGCACUUAAUGGGAUAUUUUGAACGUUAUAGCUGUCCGAGUGAAGAUGGCGUUUUGGACUUCAGCUGCAGUGAGGCUGAAGAUUCGGUAUCAGUCAGUAGCUGUAGUAGAAGUAUGUUCGGUGGUAAUGCCGGGGGAGGAGUUACUGGUAGCAGUAAUGCUGGUUCUGGUCUCUGUCAGAGCUCUCUUGUACAGACUAAUCCAUCUCAGGAAACUACAAAGCUAGUGUUUGUGGCUAUUGGUCGACUGGAACGACCACAGCUGGUUAGGGAAAUGAUGAUAAUAGAACCAAGUAAAACAGAAUUUACUUCAAGACACAGUUUAGAAUGGAAAUUUCUUUUUCUAGACCACAGAGCUCCUACCAUCAUUGGCUACCUUCCAUUUGAAGUGUUAGGAACUUCAGGGUAUGAUUAUUAUCACGUAGAAGAUCUGGACAAAGUUGCGUCGUGCCAUGAACAAUUAAUGAAGACUGGAAAGGGAACAUCGUGUUACUACAGAUUCUUGACCAAAGGACAACAGUGGAUAUGGUUGCAAACCCAGUAUUACAUUACUUAUCAUCAAUGGAAUUCCAAGCCAGAAUUCAUUGUUUGUACCAAUACAGUUGUAAGUUACAGUGAUGUGAAAGCAGAACUUGUAAAGGAGCAAAUGCCCAAUGGAUUAUCUGAACUUGAAAUUAAUCAGUCAGAAAGUAGUAUGGGACUCAGUGGUGCAGGACCGUCUGGUACAAAUUCUAUGUCUGGUCAAACUGGUGUAGGGGUGGGAGUGUCUGUAUCAGUUUCUGGUGUACAGGAACAUAGCCAGUCUCAACUCUCGGAGGAGGACUCUAGUUUACAGCCAGCUAGAACACCUCAACCUGGCCCUUCUCAUUUACUCUUACAGCAUCAACACCAAGAACAUAAUAUUCCACAAACUCACCUACCUCUCACACAAAAUCAGCAACAGCAUAUUCAACAUCUACAGCAGCAGCAACAACAACAACAACAACAACAACAGCAGCAGCAGCAGCAACAGCAACAACAACAGCAGCAACAGCAACAGCAGCAACAACAACAACAACAGCAGCAGCAGCAACAACAGCAGCAACAGCAACAGCAACAACAGCAACAGCAGCAACAACAACAGCAGCAGCAGCAGCAGCAGCAGCAGCAGCAGCAGCAGCAGCAGCAGCAGCAGCAGCAACAACAGCAGCAGCAGCAACAACAGCAGCAGCAGCAGCAGCAACAGCAGCAACAACAAACACAACAGCAGCAACAGCAGCAGCAACAACAACAACAACAGCAGAAGCAGCAACAACAGCAGCAGCAGCAACAACAGCAGCAACAGUUACAACAGCAACAGUUACAACAGCAUCUACAACAGCAGCAACACAUGACCCAGUGUAUGCCACAACAAACACUACAGUUAGCAGCCCCAGCUCCCCCUCCUCCAAAAUCUCCUGUUGUCCAUCAUCAAAACAGACAGCAAGAAGGUGGUGUAGCAAGAUUACGAGAUACUUUAAAUGUCGCACAACAAUCUCCUGGCCCAGUGUCUCCAAAUAGUCAGCAUUCUGCAUACACACCACCCCAAGUACCUCAGCACAUGAGAGGGGAUCAGUCACCGUGGCCACAAAAAGCUCUUUCAGAUGAUGGAAUAAUGGACACCAGUCAGCCCAUGAAGUCUAAGGUUCCUACCAAAAGUUGGGGAGGCCACUUUAGCAGGUCAAAUCUACGUAAAGCAGAAUCUAGUCAGUUUAGUGGAGGUGGCAGUUUAAGUGAUGGUGGGUUGAGUUGUAAAAGAACUCGCAUACAUCAUCCGUUACAACAGCAACAUUCACAAGGGGAGCCACCUCCUCUAUUGAUAGAUGAUCUCGCACCGCCUCCCUCCCCCUGCUCCGAUAUCUCUGGAAAUUCCCACGUUUCUCAUGGGUCGAUGCAACAGGAGACCACGUUACACUUUGGUUCAAAAUCAAGUAAUAAAGAAAGGUAUUAUCGAAAAAUAGAAUUGCCACCUGAGAUAUCACGUUCACUUUCUUCAUCAAGAAUGUCAGGGUCAUGUGAAGAAGAUAAAAAAGAAGACCAGUUUAUACAUAUGAUGGUUGCAUCACCCAGUGGUAGUGCAAGCAGCUCUCAUAACUCAGGAUCAACAUCUGGGGUAAGAGUUGGUGGAGGAGGUUCCACAGGAAAUGCAGUAGGGCAAGUUUGUGCAGUUUCUACAGCAUGUCAACAAGUACAGCAGCCUCAGCAACAACCAGGUAAUAAUUUUGGCAGUGUAGAGCAACAGUAUUUAAGUAGUGGGACUGGUCCAACAGCUAGCACUGUAUCAGUCAGUGGCUCCUCACCAGUGCCUACUCAGGUACUUCAAGUGGCUACUGUGCCCUUCUCUCCAGUCAUUCCCAUCAACCCUGUUGUUACUAACCUCUCCGUCCAACUCCCAGCAGCAUCUGCCACUGAGGGUCUUCGGCAGUCACUUAUACUUAGUCCAGAUCAAAGACAACUUCAGGAGCAGCUAAGAAGAAAGCAUGCUGAAUUACAACAACAAAUUAUAAGACAGCAAGAAGAAUUACGGCAAGUCAACGAGCAGCUUAUAAUGGUUCAGUAUGGAAUGAGCUUACAACAGAUUUAUAAGGGUGGUGUGCAAUAUUCUACAGCUACAACAGGAAGUAACAGUAGUUUUCAAAAUAGUGUGGCAGUUGGGUCAGGAGCUGGAGGAGUACUGGGUGUUCCUGCAGCUGGAAAUAUACCUGUUACUGCAACCAUCCAUUCAGGAGCUGGAGGGGCUGUAGCCCUUGGUACGGGUAGUUUGGCUGGGACCAUGGCAACUACUUCAUUUGUGCAACCUCUAACCAUAACAACACCUUCCACACUUCAGUCCUCAACACUCACUGUUUCCACUCUUAGUCCUGCACAGGUGAGCAUACAGGGUGUAAGCACUCAAGGGAUGGCAGCAGUACCUUAUCAGUUGUCCCACCAUCAAGCCCAGAUGUUAUUUGCUCAACCUGGAAGUAGUCCCCAGGCUCACCUCAACUCACCACACCAUCAGCCUAAGAAGUGAAACCUUUUAUCAGCAGCUUUUGCUGUUGUGAUCCCACUACCAACAUCACCACCACAAUGGCCAUUACCACCACUCUCCGUCCUUCCUCAUCACCAACCACCACUCAUCAUGAUAUCUAUUAAGAGACAAAUUACCACAUUUGCAGCUACUUACUAACCAUUAUUUGGCAUUCCUAAAAUUGUGUCUUACCAAGUGAUUCCAUCACUGCCCUGUUGUUAGCCAGCUAACCAAAAGAACCAAUCAUUGAGCUUAGAAAUACCUCCAUAUCUGCUACUGCCAUCAUAAAUGAUUAGAUAUUUUCUAACUUGUAUCAUACAGUAUUGCUGUUUGUUUUCCAUACAUACGUAUAUAGAGUCUGUAAAACCCCUCAAGGGCCAAUCUAAAUUACUAAAGUUAAAUACUUGUACUAAUAUUAUACAUGCAACUCUAGGACUAGAGUGUAAUUAUAAAAUAAUUGUUAAUUUUUUUAUUGGUCUAUCUUUGUUGUUUAAAUCUUAAUCAAAAUAUUUUUAAAGAUAUAACAAACAUGUUGAGAUUUUAAUAAUAGUAAACAGCUAUUACUAAGGGACUUCUGGUAAGUUUUGAGAUUAAAAACAUCAGAGUACUGGAGUACUGUAUUCAUUUAGAAUCUUUCAUUGCUAAUUUACAGUAAUUUUCCUUUGUUUAAAUGCUGGGUAAGAUUCUGCAUCAGUUCUAAUCCUUGAGUUUGAUUAUGGAUGGCAAUAGGGUGUGUUAAUGAAAUUUAAGAAGUCCUUUAAUAGGUUUUCUUAGUACAAUCUUUGUAAUUCUUUAACUUUUAUUUGUUAAUUUUCAACAUCAAAAUAAAUUGGUUGGAAAUAAGAACAGAAUUUCAGGGAAAACGAUAUGAAUUUUUAAAAAAAGUUGUUGUUUGAGGGGUUUCUAGUUUAUUCAGAUUUGUUAUCAGAAUAAAUUUGUUGGGUAGUAUUGAUAACUAAAAUAUACAAACUAAAAAAUUAAAAUCUACAAAUCUACAAGGCUGUGGAAUAAUUUCUAAGGGUUUUAAAAAGCUAACAAUCUCUUUUCCUUAUUUUUAUCUUUCCGUAAAUUAGCAUAUAAUAAUGGAAAAAAAAGUCUUUCAGCAUGUUUUUGGGCCCUGAAAAUCACCUGGCUAGCAGGUAUGGUUUCCCUCUACUCUACCCAACAUGUGAGGGUAAUUACUGUGUAGCAUUCAAUACUGAGUGAUGCAUUUAUAAGUAAAUGCCUAUGUAGUACUUACACAUAUCUUUAACACCUCAAUUUCUCAAGACAACCUUUAUGCAGUAAAAACUAGGAUAGUUCAGUUGAUACGUACUUUUGCCGAACAAUUUAGAUUGAUGGUAUUUGGUAGGCUGCUGCAGUCUAAGAUAAUACAGGCGAUAUAUAAUAUAUACUACACAGUAGACUUGCACCAGUGUGUGUGACAGUAUUUGUGAUGCAGUAUGGGGGAAGGACUUUUAUUUUUGUUCGUAUGCUCUUUAUUGGUUUACAGAAAUGUGAUAAUAUUGAGCUGGUAUUAACAUCAGGGAAGUUUUUAAACAUUAUAUAAAAUGUGAAAGCUGUUGUUGGAGGGAAAGUCAAGACUACUGUAUUAGUUUUCUUGUGAAGAACAAAUAUCCAGUUAGUGGCAUUGAACAAGAUAAUCAAACUGAAGUUAUAGACUUCGUCUGAAGAGACAUUCAGUUUGCAGCAAAAAACCUCUUUUGUCAAAAGUGAAAAUACAGUCAACAGUGAUGUGGUGAAGUCCAGGUGAAAAUACAGAAAGGAAAGUGUGUGUGUAUUGGAUUUAGGAUUGUCACUUCUGAAACUCCCUUGUGCCACAUUACUUGCUCAGUUUUAUAAUCACAAUCAAAACCUUCGAGACUUAGCCAAAUAAUGAUGCAAAAUCUUAAAAGUGCUGAGCUUAGUUAAUAAUAAUGUAAUUAUUAUACAUCAUAAAUUACUAGCAUAUUGUAAAUAAAAUUUAAAGUAUGUACAAGUGUAAAAAAUGAUUAUAUAGAUAAAUAUAUAAAUAUAUAUAUAUUUUUGUCAUGCCUUCUGAGGUAUUGUUUUAAGAUGUGAUAGAUGUAUUAAAGCCGUUCUGUGUGUUUUUGUGUCAUGACUAUUGCAAAGGCUGAAGGUUCAUGAACAUAGCAUCUAUGUUUUGAUAACCAGAUCCUUUCACCAGGGUAACACCAACACACAAUAAAGAAUUGAAAGAUUAUUUAUUAUGUUAGGACACAUUUUACCUACUUUGUGAUGGGAAGUCACAACUGAGAAAUACAAACAUAUUUAAGCCCUCUGUUAACUUUGACUAUAGAUAUUAGCAGCAACCUGUCUUUAAAGCAGCUUAAUUAUUCUGUGAAUUUGUUUGCUGUAUACAUAAUAAUUAUUUUAGUGCCAAAGCUUUACACAAUGCUCAGGCUUGCAUCAUAUCUUCCACAAGAUCUCUCACCUGUUUGUACCCUACUCAUCAUGCUAGGGCGUUAGUUAUUACAGUGUAUUACCUUUUAUAAGCUAGUCCCAUGUUUUUUAUUUUGUUAAUUGUGUGCGAGAUUUAAUAUACUACAGUCAAAAGAUGUGAUACAGAACUUACUUCAUCAACUAAUCCUGAAACAUUGUGUUCUAGAGCUUAGACCAGAAACACAGGUGGCUGUUAAUACUGUUUAGAAUCAUACUAGUUAUUCUGACCUAUGAAUUGUAUGAUGCAUGGAGGUAACCAAAAAGACAGGUAUGACCAAAGCCAUUUCUUUAUUCCACAGACAAGUGCAGCCUUUCCUAAAAUGUCUUUCAAUAUAAAUACGUACAGGAUAUUUAUCUUUAAUUUUCAGUGCACUUGUCUCAAAUCUUUACUACACUUUGCUUUUAAUCUUUUGAAAUCUUGAUCAGAUUUUCACUGUUGUCCAACAACAGUAAAGAACUGUGCUCUUUCAAAAUUAUAUUGCAUUCUAAGAAUGAUUUGAUUUAGUCUCACAUUCUCAAAGCUAUAUAUAUGAAUUCCAUGCUUCUGUAAUGCUUUUCAUUUGAUCAGUUUCACAUGUUACAUAUUCUCAGAGGAAAUAAUUCAAUCCUAAAGUCAGGAAAUUUUAAUUAGUUGUAUAUUUGAAUAUUUGAGGAUAGUUAUAUUCUUUAGAAUUUUUAUACUUAUUGUGAUAUUUGUUAAAUUAUUGACUUAAUUUUUAUUUGUUUUAAUGAAAUGGUUUUCUUUAAUGGUACUCUGUUAUUUAUGAUUAAAUAAAUUUUUUUGCAAGUAUGUGUAAUUUUGGACUUAAUGAAGAAAUUAAACAAUUUAGAGCUAAAAUGUUAUUUGUUAACAUGCAUGUUUAUAUUUAUGAAAUAAGAGGGUAAAAUGGUCUGUUAAAAGUUGUGACUUACAAUAGUAAAUUAUUUGGAAAAAUUACUUCAUUAUAUAUGACAUUAUCAGAUCAAACAUUGUAGCCAGUUAUUUGUAUAUUAUUUUUUAUCAUAAUUGGUACAAACGUGUUUGGUGAUUGGCUAGAAGCAAGUUAAGGUCAUUUGAAAUCUGACCAGGAAGUGUGUUACCUGUUUCAGUAUUCAUCUCAUUGGUAACACUGUGGCAUAGUGUAUUCCCAACUUCAUGUACUUCAUUAAAAAGAUGAACAUUAACAUCCAAAUGAUUUUUAAAUAAAGUUUUUUUUAUUCAUAACUUUCCUACAGAAGACUGAAAUAAUUUUACUAAAUUACUCAAAAUGUUUGAGUGCUCACAUAUGGUU